AUGCCACGAGAGCCUUUAAUAGGCCUAGUCGGCAAACCCUCAUCGGGGAAAAGCACGACGCUCAACAGCCUGACCGAUGCGACGUCCAAAGUUGGCAACUUCCCGUUCACGACGAUCGAUCCUCAACGCGCAAUAGGAUACCUUCAAAUCGAAUGCGCCUGCCAACGUUUCAACCUCACCGAACGAUGUAAACCCAACUAUGGCGCAUGUGUCGGUGGCCGUAGGUCCGUCCCUAUCGAACUCCUCGAUGUCGCCGGAUUAGUUCCCGGGGCGCACGAAGGAAAAGGGUUAGGGAAUAAAUUUCUGGACGACUUGCGACAUGCAGACGCUCUCGUGCAUGUUGUUGAUGUUUCAGGUACAACGGAUGCGGAAGGGAAAGCGACGAGAGGAUAUGAUCCUUCGCAGGAUAUCGUAUGGUUACGGUCAGAAAUCGUCCAGUGGAUAUUGGGAAAUCUCAUGCAGAAAUGGGGAUCCAUCAAACGGAGGCAUAUUGCUGUGAAAGCGACUGCAGUGGAAACGCUGCAAGGUCAAUUCUCCGGUUACGGAUCAACUUCUUCAGUCAUUGCUCGAACUCUGGACAAAAUGGCUUUGAAAGAACCGUUAGAGCAUUGGUCGAAUGAGACAGUAGAAAAAGUGGUCAACGCCUUUACCGACGAGAAAUUCCCAACUGUCAUAGCCCUAAAUAAAAUCGACCACGCAGAUGCGGACAAGAAUAUCAGUAAGAUUGCGAAGAUGCAGGAUCCAAAGUCAAUUGUGCUAUGUUCAGCCAUAUCAGAGGUAUUUUUAAGGAAACUUGCGAAACAGGGAUUUAUAAAAUACACAGAAGGAAGCGAAUUUGUCGAUACAAGAGAAGACUUGAUUGCAGAUGGUGACCCGACUGGUGGUGGUCUAAAAGAACUUGAUGAAAAGCUCAAAACUCGAAUCGAGAAUCUGAAAGACAUGGUACUAUAUCGCUUUGGGUCUACGGGAGUUGUUCAGGUGUUAUCUCGCGCUGCCGAGUUAUUAGGACUUGUACCUGUCUUCCCAGUGCGGAACGUCAGUAGUUUCACAAGCGGUAACACCGGUAAUGAAGUCUUCAGGGACUGUGUGUUGGUAAAAAGAGGAACGACUGUAGCGGAGGUGGCGAGAAAGGUUAUGGGAGAUGCGCCAUUGGCUUAUGUUGAAGGUGCGGGAGGUGUCAGAGUUGCUGAAGAUGAUCUAGUCGGGGUUGGGAAGAACGAUGUCUUGUCGUUUAAAAUCGGUAGAGCUUAA